GGCCUUCAACCCCUCCCCCACCAAAAGUGAUUGUUUGAGUGUGGGGGAGGGAUCUUGUAACUCUGUGUGCACGACUGGAGAUCCAGCAGAGCGCUUGGGUACAUGUUUACUCAGCACUGUAAUCUCCGGCUGAACCUGUCUGAUCGGUGUGUGCUGGCUGCGCAGGUAUGAACACAUACCGGUACUCGGCGAGCACCUGAGGACGAGGACGGAACAAGACCGCGAGAACAUGUCGAGAUCGCUACUUGGCAACGACUGAAAAGGACUCACAAAGACCACUUUCAAGGAGAUUCUUCUGGGGCUCUUCAAUCGACCGAUGGCUCUGAGAUGCCAAUGUUGCACGACAGGUUCUGGGAUCUCCACGACGUUGCUGUGCUCUUCUGUUUCACCGUGUACGUGUGUCACCUAGCCAGGGCCAUCUCCAUCCAAUAUCCCCAGCAAGGCCUCACCCGGUCUGUGCAGGAGGACGUGUUCUUCUCCGUGGACGUGUCCUGCAAUGGCACCCCCACCGUCCAGUGGACCUUCGUGUCCAGCUCGGUGAGCCGCGCCAUCGGCACAUGGCGGCCCGGCGCCUUCACCAACAUCACGGCGGACUACAGCGGCCGCGUGGAAGCGCACAGCAACGGCUCCAUGGGCCUGUCGGAUCUGCGGCUGCAGGAUGCGGGUUAUUACGUGGUGACGGUCACUGACGAGACGGGUAGCAGCAAGGAUGCAGGAUUUGCCCUCAAAGUCAACGAGGUUUUGUAUGAGGACCUGCAAUACCUGUCGGUUUCGGCUUUGGCGUUAGCCUGCUUAGCGGGCCUCCUCAUGCUGACCAUGUGGCUCUUGGACAAAGUCUACAGGAAGAUAGUGGCAUGGAAGCGCAGGAAGCAGAUGCCCGAAAAUGACGCAACGGAGCUACAGCCUCUUUGACACACAUUUGUCGGGACUACUUUCUCACUUGUAGCCGGAAAGACUUUUUUUUCUUCUUCACCUCAGUGAAUGUGAUGUAGGAGAACUGAAAUUGAGGUGCUCACAGAGGAUUUUUUAUAUGAGGACAUCACUGUAAAUAUUAAGUGUAUUUAUUUCCAAAAUAUGAUUAUUUGGAAUAAGUGUCUGCUCACUAGGUCAACUGUGUCCUCCACCUAAACACAUGCACAUGCACAUUGGUCAUGUGACAUGACAGAGUAAGUCCAACAGAAAAGGAUUUUCAAACUUUUUGGGUCGAAGUACCUCUUACUGAGGAGAAAUUUCCCUCAAAAACGCCCUCGUAAUCACAAUGACAACUAAACAUACAGGUGGCUACGUGUAAAUAUUAUAUCUAAAAAUCAGAAUGUUGUAGGAGUCAAAAAGUGGCCUACUAUCAAGAGAAAAAAAGUUAUGAAAACAUAUAUUUUUAGAAAGAUAAUUCAUCUCUCCAAUUUCUGUACUACGUUUCCUCAAUUUACAUUUUCUUCAAGAAAGAAAUUGUUAAUAUUUUACAUGAUACAUUUUGCAAGUAAUUUUUGAGAAGAACAAACUCAGAUUUCUUGCAAGAUGAAGUUUGAAUACAGUGGACUCUGCCAUUUUGUGGGGCAUUGGGACUGUGACCGGAGGUGAAAAGAGUAUAAGAUCAAGUGAUGAUGCUGAAAUGUGAAAUUUAGGGUGUUAUGUAUAAUGUGAUUAGCGGCUAUGACCCACAGAUAGGAUGUGACUUAAGAGUUGAAAGAGAAAUUGUGGAAUGAACUAGAUGAAGUAGUUCUGAGCAUCCCAGACAGAGAGAAAGUUAUGAUUGGUACAGAUUGUAAUGGACAUGUCCGUGAAGGAAACAGGUGUGAUGAAGAAGUGAUGGGUAAGUACGGCAUCCAGGAAAGGAACUUCGAGGGAAGGAUUGUGAUAAGACUUUGAAAAAGGAGAGAAAUGGCUGGCAUUUUUCCAGAAGAGGCAGGAACACAGAAUGACCUACAAGAGCGGCCGUAGAAGCACGCAGGUGGAUUACAUUUUGUCAUCUGUAGGAGGUUACUGACUGUAAGGUAGUGGUGGGGGAGAGUGUAGCUUCACAGCAUAGGAUGGUGGGGUGUAGGAUGACUCUAGUGGUGGAUAGGAAGAUUAAGAAGACAAAGAUAGAGCAGAGAACCAUGUGGUGGAAGCUGAGAAAGGAAGAAUGUUAUGCGGCCUUUUGGAAAGAGGUGAGACAGGCUCUCGGUGGACAGGAGGAGCUCCCGGAAGACUGGACUACUACGCCAAGGUGAUCAGAGAGACCGGCAGGAGAUUACUUGGUGUGUCUUCUGGUAGGAAAAGGAAGAGACUUGGAGGUGGAACGCUAAAAUAAUGGAAGUCAUACAAGGAAAGAGAUUAGCGAAGAAGAAGUGGGACAUGGAGAGGAUUGAGAUGCGAUGUAGGACAAAGGUACAGGUGGCGAAGGCUAAACAAGAGGCAUAUGAUGACAUGUACACCAGGUUGGAUAUGAAGGAGGGAGAAAAGGAUCUCUACAGGUUGGCCAGGCAUAGGGACAGGUGAUUAAGGGUAGAGAUGGAAAUAUGUUGGCUGGUGCCAGUAGUGUGCUGAAUAGAUGGAAAGAAUACUUUGAGAAGUUAAUGAAUGAAGAAAAUGGGAGAGGAGAGAAGGAAGAGUAGAAAACACAAGUGUGAAGGACCAUGAAGUGGCACUGAUUAGAAAGGGGGAAGUUAGAAAGGCCUUAAAGAGGAUAGAAAAUGGAAAGGUAGUUGGUCUGUGGAGGUAUGGAAGCAAUUUGGAGAGGUGGCUGUGGAGUUUUUGACCAACUUAUUCAACAGGGGUCAACAGUCCAGAGCAAUGGUGAGUGUGGUAAGGAAGUGAAGAAACGGGUACAAGCAGGUUGGAAUGGGUGGCAGGAAGGAGUCAGGUGUGUUGUGUGACAGAAGAGUCUCUCCUCUAGUAUGAAGGGCAAGUCUAUAAGACAGUGGUGGGACUAGCCAUGAUGUACGGAUUAGAGACGGUGGCAUUGAAAAGACAACAGCAAGCAGAGCUCGAGGUGGCAGAAAAGAUGAUGUUGAGGUUCUAUCUCGGAGUGAGCAGGUUGGAUAGGAUUAGAAAUGAGCUCAUUAAAAGGACAGGCAAAGUUGGAUGUUUUGGAGACAAGGUUCGAGAGAGCAGAUUUUGAUGGUUUGGACAUGUCCAGAGGCGAGAGAGUGAGAAUAUUGGCAAAAGAGUGCUGAGGAUGGAACUGGCAGGCAAAAGAGCGAGAGGAAGACCAAAGAAAAGGUUGAUGGAUGUUGUGAGGGAGGACAUGAGGACAGUGGGUGUUAGACGAGGACGGACGUGAUAGGCUUAGAUGGAAAAAGAUGACACGCUGUAGCGACCCCUAACGGGAUACGCCGAAAGGAAAAGAAAAGAGGGACUGGGAUUGGCUGCAAAUAGUGAACAUGAUCAUAAUAAUAAUAAUUGAUGCUCCUGGAGAAUAAUAAUAAUACUGUCAAACAAAAGACAAAUAAACAGAGUUCUGCAAAAAAUUCUCCCCUCAAAACAUUUACGAUGAGUUGAAUCCGCAAAUGCUGAACCGCAAAUAUGCAGGGAUCCACUGUAUUUUGAUUAUAAAGCAAUGGAAGAAAGUCAUUUUACCUACAAACACAAAUCUGAAUGAAAUGCUGUGUAAUUAAUUGAAAUGUUAAAAUGUAGACUCUGAGACUUGGAAUGGUUUGAGUCAGCUGGAAAAAAUGGAAGGUGGCAAAUAUGUGUCUUAAUUAGAGAUUUUUUUGUUAAAAUUCAGAAUUCAGGGAAUGAGAAUAAUUCCCAAGAUGUCCGAAAUGAUCUAAAAAUUUUGAAGUUGGAAACAUUUGAAUUGGGUCAAUAAAUGAGGAAGAAGUGAAAUUUGGGGAAUGUGGAAAAUAGUUCCCAAGAUAUUGUGAACGAACAUAACCGUUUGAAUUUGGAAUAGGAAAAAUGAGGCACUUUUUGGUCAAAUGUUUCAUUCACCUGUUUUUUGGUAUGGUGAAAAUGUGGCAUCUUGGAAAAGUGGAACUUUUUGGAAUGUGAAAUGUGUCUAGAAUUAAAUUUAUUUGGUCUAGAAUAACAUGCGGAUGCUGAAGAGUAUUCAUGUAAAGUUUCUUUUCUCCUUUAUUCUUGAAAAGGGUCACAGGAGUGCUGGAGCCUAUCUCAGCUAUGUUUGGGGUACACCCUAAAUUGGUCACCAGCCUAUCGCAGGGCACAUGGAGACAGACAAGCGUCCCACUCGCAAUCACACUUAGGGGCAAUUUAGAGUGUCCAAUUAAUGUUGCAUAUUUUUGGGACGUGGGAAGAAACCGGAUUGCCCGGAGAAAACCCAUGCAGGCACGGGAGAACACGCAAACUCCAUACAGGCGGGGCGGGGAUUUAAACCCCAGUCCUCAGACUUGUGAGGCCAACGCUCUAACAAGUCUAAAGAAGCCUCAAAAAUUUUUUGAAAAAAACUUCAAAAACAACUUGACACGCUUUCGAAUGAAACAACAUGAACAAAAUGACUAUACGCUCAUAAAAUGCACUUUUCGCAAAAGACAGAACUAUAUUCUUGAAAAUUACUUUUAUAAAGCUGGGUCUGUAUUGUUGAAAAAUGUACUUGUUCUCAAAACAAAUUACUGUAUUCUUGCAAUUUCUAUCUUGUAAAAUUAGAACCCAAACCCUAACCCUAUAAAAGGAUAGAAUUAUAUAUUACACCCAAAAUGCAACUUCAUUUUCUAAAAAAAAAAGGCGUAAUCUAAAUAUACAUUUCGUUCCCAAAAAGGAUGAAAAAAUACACUGUUUACAUUUUUUUUAUGCAGUUGUUUACGUGACGAUCAGUCACAUUUUAGAGCUUUAAAGAAGGUAGGGAGGAGUUAUUAAUUGGUUUAGAU